AUGGACGCAAUACUGAAUUACAGGUUGGAAGAUACUGAAGAUUACUACACCUUACUGGGAUGUGAUGAACUGUCUUCGGUGGAACAAAUCCUGGCAGAAUUUAAGGUCAGAGCCCUGGAAUGUCAUCCUGACAAGCAUCCUGAAAACUCCAAAGCAGUGGAGACUUUUCAGAAACUGCAGAAGGCAAAGGAGAUUCUGACUAAUGAAGAGAGUCGAGCCCGCUAUGACCACUGGCGAAGGAGCCAGAUUGCGAUGCCAUUCCAGCAGUGGGAAGCUUUGAGUGACUCGAUGAAAACGUCAAUGCACUGGGCUGUCAGAGGUAAAAAAGAUCUAAUGUUGGAAGAACGUGACCAGACUCGUGCCAACAAGAUUGAAAAUGAAGAACAGAACGAACAAAGAGAAGUAAAGAAAGUAGAGCUGGGUUCAACCACCAAUAAAAUGGAGCAAAAAGAGUCUGAGUCCUUGGAGAAGUCACCCUCCCCACAGAGUCCAGAUGCUUCAAGUUUUUCAGAUGUGAACAGUUGGCACCUUCGUUUCCGCUGGUCUGGGGAUGCUCCUUCAGAACUCCUGAGGAAAUUCAGAAACUAUGAAAUAUGA